GCAUCGCUUGACGGCCUAGACAGCCAGCACUCUGUCUGCUGCUGCCGCCGCCGCCGCUGCUGUCGCUGCUGCGUAUCGUCCGUCGGCCUUGCCUCCGCCAUGUCGCUGAAUGGCCUGGAUGCCGUCCAGGUGCUAGAGGCUCACCAAGCUGCCUUGGCCGAGGCGGGAGGAUGGUUCCUCCUCAAAUACACUUCACGAGACGCUGUUGACAUCCUGGCCCGCGGCUCUGGAGGUGCUGCUGACGUUCGCAAUGCUAUUGCUCACUAUCAGGACCAGUCGCCGCUGUACGGCUUCCUGCUCUAUCGCCGCCGCAAACUCCUCAUAAAAUAUGUCCCCGAUGGCACAUCGCGACUUUUGCAAGCCCGCGUUGCUGUCCACUUCUCCGCCGUCACCGACAAGUUUACACCAUAUGAUACCGAAAUUGCCAUCUCCACCGCCGACCACCUGAGCGAUGCCGCCCUCGCUUCAGCCUGCUCUCUCCAUACUGCUGCGCCAUCGAGUAGCUCCUCCAGCUCUUCCUCCCAAUUGCACAAAUUGGAUGAUAUAACAGAGGAUGCCGAAGAAGGUCAGAGCACUGCCGGCGAAUCCGUCUCUACCGCGAAGCCACCUACUGCCGUGCGUUCUAUGCUGAAUAUCGGCGAAUCGGCCUUGGAGUCGACAACCACGGAGCUUUCGUCUGCAGGCGAACAGCACGUUAAGGUUGCCGAGGAGAACAGCGCCCCGCCAUCCGAACCCUCUUCAAAGGACACUGAUACGGUGGUGGUGGUGGAUCAUGGCGAAGACGGUGGUCCCUUGACAGCUCCUAUAGGCAAAAGCUUCGACCACUAUGACUUGCUCUUCGAAGGUGGACCUGACCCACGUCUUUCCUCUCAAACCGCGCGGCCGGCUCUAUCAGAUUUGUAUGCCGAAAUCUACGCACAAUACAACAAACCUAAGGUCAGGCUUGGGCCCCGACCCAAAGCUUCGCUCGAGACCAAGCGCCCUCAUACUUCUGGGACAGGGGCUCAGAGUUCUGCACGUCCCGUCUCGUCGUUACCCUCGGGUCUCCGCGCUGCGAAUCGCAGGGCGGCGGAGCAAAAACAGCCAAACCCUCAUGAUGCUAGCAACGCAUCCACCGUGGAUUUCCCACCGCCGCCUCCAAUCCCCGCCAUUCCUGAGGUACCCGCCACGCUCGGAUACGCACCAAAAAGUUCGGCUGCUAGCGUCAAAUCUUUGCCUGCCAACACUUACAGCAGUCACAAUCACAGAUCGAUCGGCGUCACGCCCGAGAAACAAAGACUGAUGAAAGCUCUGGAGUUGAGGAAGAAGCAGAUGCAAGCGAAGAAGGAGAAACAAGAGAAAAAGUCGUCAGAGCUUUCACGUGGCGGCACAGAGGGCAGCGCGCAGGAAAACGUUAAUGUCGCCAAGAAUCUAGGUUCUAACGGAUCGACCGUGGAAUCGGUAGAAGAGGAGGGGAGCAAGCCCAGCCAUGUGGGUAAUGAAGGAUUAGUUGCGUCACAACAGCAGCACCAGCACCAGGAUAUCGAGCCAUCGAAUCAACACAGUUCAAGUCCAGAAGACAGCGCGCUGACCGACUCCACAAAAUCGCCACCAGCUGAGGGUCCGUCUUCCGCGGAUGUGGCUAGUAGGCAAACAGAAGCUGACGACUUGCACUCUGCGGCUUCGGCUUCAUCGCCUACCUCCGCCCAGACCGCUGGCUCAUCCUGUGCACCAUCGACCAGGCCCUCCUCAGUUUCUGAGGAUGACCAGCAGCUGCUUGACAAUGGUCUGAAACUGAUUUCUGAAGAAAGUGUGCAAGCGGUUGACCAAAAAUCCAGAGAAGACGAGGAGGAAUCUACCGAAAGCACACCCACCGUUGUACCCGAGAAUUCCAUAUCUAUCCCCUCUGUAGAGAUUGCGCCGGUUGAUCAAGAGUUGCAGUACUCGCAUGUGAGCGAAAAGUUCGUGUCUGAGAACAAGGAAGAACCUGCGGUGCCGAUGGCGACAGAAGAGACCGAUAUAGGCACUCCAACAAAGAAGCCAGAAAGAGACACUGUGUUGUUUGUUCCACCUCUAGCUGAAGAAGAACCCACUCAGACAGGAAAGCGCAAUCGUGAAUCGAUGAUGCUUGCGGCGCCAAAUGGGUUCGAUGUCAAGGCUGUCUCGGAUGUCACGGAUAAACGACGUGUUUUGGGUGACCCAAUCCACCUGAGCGCAGAGAAUUCGGAAACUGAGUAUCUCUCUGACGACUCUUUUAUGGAGGAGCUACAGAGUGCUAAGGUAGAAGAGGCUAUGCCAGUAUCAGUCUCCAAAUCGCCGAUAACGCCCUAUUUUGCCCAGAGAAACACUGCAUCUGGCGGAGCAAUCCCAAUGCGAUCUGCUUCGCAAAAUCUUCGCUCUGGCAAUGCCAUACCGGACCAACCGACCCUACGCAAAUUUUCCGGGCCUUGGGUGCCCCAUUCACAGUCAGACACUGUAGUUACAGCAAAAAAGAUCAACGUGUCCUCUGGUAUCUCCCAGAGAAUCAAAGCUCUGGCAGAGAAGUCUAAUAGAGACUCCUCCGUGACGAUCAGCCCGCUUGGAACUCCUGAAUCCAGCACCUCGAUUGUUGCUCAGAGGAAAUCCUCCUUCUUCGCAACAACCCCUCCAUCCGGUAGUUCACCCAACGGAAGGCCCAUUUCACGCCUUUAUCCAGCCAAUCUAGGAAACCGUUCGACGUCACCUUCGCCUUCGCCAUCACGCUCACCCACACCUGAUGUCCAGCGGAGGAUACAGCCUAGUGAACAAAGCCAACCACCGCCAGUAUAUAACGUGCAGACAGAACCUGAAAAGUCUCAGUCGGUACAAGUCACAGCUCGCAUCGUCCGCGAUCCACAAGCACAGCGACCGUCGCUGAUAAUGCCAACAGAGAGCACACCACUCGAGUUGCGCCAAAGCGAUAUCACCAUUGACCACCAAAAGACAACGAGGCCACCUUCUAGCAAGCAAAGCCCGGUGAAGACGGACCCGCCAUCCCCUGUUCGACCGCCCUCAUUGCGUGAGGCUAGCUCUGGUGUCCCGCGUUCGUCUUCAGAGAUCAGCUGGCGGGCAUUCGGUCGUAGGAUGAGCGAAUCCAAGCAAGGCGCAUCCUCUCCGCGCAGUCGCUCUUCCCACAGUAUGGACAGUAGUGAUGAAAAGCAGGAUAAACAUGAAAAGUACGAGAAGAAGGAGAAAAAGGAAUCCCGGGCAAGCAAACUGUUCAAACGCAUGUCUACGAUCCCUUCGUCGAAAUCUAGGAAGAACUCGGCUGCAAGCUCAACCCUUUCAGAGGAAGGAUCCACUCCUACUCUGCCAUCGCUUCGAGAGCCUCCUUCGCCGGUCCAAGUAGGCGAUCUGAAUAUCCAAUUUCCGGACACUUUAUUAUGGAAACGGAGAUGGGUUGAGAUUGAUGUGUCCGGUAACCUUGUCAUGAGUCUUUCCAAGUCAAACGAGCAGUCCAAAGGCAUAAUGAAGCGGUUCCACUUGUCUGAAUUCCAUGCACCCUACCCACCAGAUCAAGACAGGCAAGAACUGCCCAACAGUGUUGUAUUCGAUUUCAUCGACGGACGUACACUUCAAUGCGCUUGCGAAACUCCUUCUGCGCAGGCACAUGUCCUAUAUACGCUCAAGGAGGCCCAUCAAGCAUGGCAGAAAUACAAUCAAGGACUCUAG